AACACGGCCAUACCUUCUCUUCAAAUUUUAGACCCAGUUUUUCAUUUUUGAGCUUCGAACAUUUAUUGGACACUAAUCAACACCUACGUCUGUUGCCUCGCUUCUUAAUUUCUUCCCGAUUCUGAUCUGGUUUUCAUGACUUCUUCUUUCACUGAUCUCCUUGCUAGCUCAGGUCCCGGCCAUGGCCAGUACCAGCAAGAAGCUGGAAGAAUUACGGUCACAGGUGGGAUGGAGUUCCAGAAGUUCAAGUCUCUAGCUCCGCCUUCGCCGCCGCCCUUCUCUCCUUCUUCUUUCCUGGCCACCACCCCACAAGCUGGCCUCUGCCCGUCUUGGCUUUUGGAUUCUCCUUCCCUUCUUUCUGCUUCUAAUAUUCACCCGUCUCCAACUACUGGAAGCUUUUCUGGGUUGGACUUCAAGGAGGAGAGGAACUUUUCUGACUUCUCAUUCCAGGUGCCCCAAAUGAAGGCUCCUUCUCUAACUUCAUCUUCCAUUUUCCAGUCUUCUGCAAACCCAAUUCCAUCUGAAGAAUCGCUCAAAAGCAAACAUGAAGGAUGGAACAUGAACAGACCAUCAGAGCAAAAUCAGUUCUCAUUAGUGAAGCCCAUGGCAAAACCAGAAUAUGCACCAGUUCGUAGCUUCCCAUCCGAAACCUCAACAACUCAAGCAAAUAUGCAGAGCUACGGCCGGUACCCACAACCAUCCCAAUAUCUGAGAGAUCAGAGAAGAUCAGAAGAUGGGUAUAAUUGGAGAAAGUAUGGACAGAAACAAGUGAAAGGAAGUGAAAAUCCGAGGAGUUAUUACAAGUGUACUUACCCAAACUGUCCAACCACAAAAAAGGUUGAAAGAACAUUGGAUGGACACAUAACUGAGAUAGUAUACAAGGGAAGCCACAAUCAUCCUAAGCCUCAAUCCACUCGAAGAUCGUCUUCGCAGUCAACUCAGCCUUCUUUGUCCAAUUCUGAGAUUUCAAAUCAACCAAAUGCAUUAGCAGGGAAUUCACAAUUGGAAUCUGCGGCAACCCCAGAGAACUCAGUUUCAUUUGGCGAGGAUGAGUUUAAUCAAGGCCGUUCAAUGAGUAACACAGACGAUGAAAAUGAAAAUGAACCCAAGGCCAAAAGAUGGAAAGCGGAGAAUGAAAAUGAGGUUGUAUCAAGCUGUGGGAGUAGAACCGUGCGCGAACCCAGGGUUGUAAUUCAAACAACGAGCGAUAUAGACAUUCUCGAUGAUGGGUAUAGAUGGAGAAAAUAUGGACAGAAAGUAGUGAAGGGCAAUCCUAAUCCUAGGAGCUAUUACAAAUGUACAUUCGCAGGAUGUCCAGUGAGGAAGCAUGUUGAGAGGGCAGGUCAUGAUCCAAGGGCUGUGAUCACUACCUAUGAAGGCAAGCACAGCCAUGAUGUCCCGGCAGCACGGGGCAGUGGUGGCUACCCUGCUAACAGACCUCUCGCCAGCAGUGGCAAUGCCAAUGCAUCCUUAGCUAUAAGGCCUUUGGAAAUUACCAGUAAUGUGAGCCAUACAACAAACUUCCAAAGCUCCCUCCUUGACAAUACUAGGUUACCGGCUACCAAACCUCAAGCUCCUUAUGCGCUGCAGAUGUUGCCAAGCUCACUGGGGGAUUUUGGAUUCUCAGGGUUUGGAAACUCUCCAGGCUCCUUUCUGGACCAAUUGCAAGCAGAUAAUGGGUUGUCCAGAACCAAGGAAGAACCCAGGGACGACUCUUUUUUCGAUUCAUUUCUAAACUGAAAAGAAUCGCUCACUUGAUAUACAAUUACUCAGGCAUUUAGCUCUGUAAAUGUUACAAACUGAUAAAAAAGAGGAGUUAGUUUCAUUUGUUUAUUUGUUUUCAUGUUCUUUAAUCAUAGAAUAGAACAAUAGGCCUCGAUGCCUAUUCUCUGUAUCAGACCAGUUGACAAAUGUAGGAGGAGAGAUGGAGUCUAAGAGUUGAAUUUUUAGAGCUAAAGUUUUUCUCUUUCUGUGUAAACCUCACGAAAUAUUUAAAUAAAUCACUGUCUCUUGGUGUUUCA